AUUAAAAUCUUAGUAGUAGGCAGAAUACUUCAGUUUGGCCUUGCUUAUUUUCUUUGGCCAAACACUGACUUUGACAGAGGAUUAAUUGAAGGAUAGACACAUCUUACACUGAAUUUUAAACCUUCUGGAUUGUUUUCUUGGAUCUCCAAAUCUAAAGAUAUAAGACCAACAGAAACAGCUAUAAAGACCUGAAGGUAGUCUUUUCUUCGAAGAUGGAAAACAGUACCACUACCAUUUCUCGGGAAGAGCUGGAAGAGCUACAGGAAGCAUUUAAUAAAAUAGAUAUUGACAACAGUGGGUAUGUUAGUGACUAUGAACUACAGGACCUGUUUAAGGAAGCAAGCCUUCCUCUGCCUGGCUACAAGGUGCGCGAGAUUGUGGAGAAAAUUCUAUCAGUGGCUGACAACAACAAAGAUGGCAAAAUCAGUUUUGAAGAGUUUGUGUCACUGAUGCAAGAGUUAAAAAGCAAAGACAUCAGUAAGACGUUCCGCAAAAUAAUUAACAAGAGGGAAGGGAUUACUGCUAUUGGAGGAACAUCAUCCAUUUCCAGUGAGGGCACACAGCAUUCUUAUUCAGAGGAAGAAAAAGUGGCUUUUGUUAACUGGAUAAACAAAGCUCUGGAGGAUGACCCUGACUGUAAACAUCUCCUACCCAUGAAUCCUCAUGAUGGCAGUCUUUUCAAAUCACUUGCGGAUGGCAUCCUUCUUUGCAAGAUGAUCAACUUAUCUGAACCAGAUACAAUUGAUGAAAGAGCCAUUAAUAAGAAAAAGCUCACCCAUUUCACUAUUUCUGAAAAUUUAAACCUGGCCUUGAAUUCUGCCUCAGCCAUUGGUUGCACAGUGGUCAACAUUGGUGCACAGGAUCUCAAAGAAGGAAAACCUCACCUGGUCUUGGGACUUCUCUGGCAGAUCAUCAAAGUUGGUCUUUUUGCUGAUAUUGAGAUUUCCAGGAAUGAAGCUCUAAUUGCAUUACUAAAUGAGGGUGAGGAUCUAGAAGAGCUGAUGAAGCUUUCUCCAGAGGAAUUAUUGCUGCGAUGGGUGAACUACCAUCUGACCAAUGCAGGAUGGCGUACCAUCAACAACUUCAGCAGCGACAUUAAGGAUUCAAGAGCCUAUUUUCAUCUGCUUAAUCAGAUUGCACCUAAAGGUGACCGGGAUGAUGGACCUGCCAUUACUAUUGAUCUUUCAGGAUUUAAUGAGAAAAAUGACCUGAAGCGUGCUGGAUUCAUGCUUCAAGAAGCAGAUAAACUGGGCUGCAGACAGUUUGUUACUCCUGCAGAUGUGGUUUCAGGCAAUCCUAAACUUAAUUUAGCUUUUGUAGCUAAUCUGUUUAACACAUACCCAUGCCUCCAUAAGCCCGAUAAUAAUGACAUCGAUAUGAAUUUAUUGGAAGGAGAGAGCAAGGAAGAGAGGACAUUUCGGAACUGGAUGAAUUCCUUGGGGGUCAACCCAUAUAUUAAUCAUUUGUACAGUGACCUUGCAGAUGCUUUAGUGAUCUUUCAGCUCUAUGAAAUGAUCCGUGUGCCAGUCGACUGGAGCCAUGUCAACAAACCUCCUUAUCCUGCUCUUGGAGGGAACAUGAAGAAGAUCGAAAACUGUAACUAUGCAGUGGAGCUUGGGAAGAAUAAGGCUAAAUUCUCCUUGGUUGGCAUUGCUGGGCAGGACCUAAAUGAAGGGAAUGCAACACUUACUCUGGCAUUGGUAUGGCAGCUGAUGAGAAGGUACACAUUGAAUGUGUUGUCAGAUCUUGGAGAAGGUGAAAAAGUAAAUGAUGAAAUUAUUAUUAAAUGGGUCAAUCAGACGCUUAAAAGUGCAAAAAAACAUACUUCUAUUUCCAGCUUCAAGGACAAAUCUAUCAGCACAAGCUUACCUGUCCUAGACUUAAUAGAUGCCAUCGCACCAAAUGCAGUUCGUCAAGAAAUGAUCAAGAGAGAAGACUUAUCUGAAGAGGACAAGCUAAACAAUGCUAAAUACGCCAUUUCAGUUGCUCGAAAGAUUGGUGCCCGGAUAUAUGCCUUACCUGAUGACCUCGUAGAAGUGAAACCAAAGAUGGUUAUGACUGUGUUUGCAUGCUUAAUGGGAAAAGGACUGAAUAGAAUAAAAUAAUGAGAAACAUUUAAUAUGAUUUUCUGCCACAUUAAACACACUGAAUGCCUCACAGUUUACAGAUUUCUGAAAUGUAGUGGGUAUAAAACCAGAGAUUAUUUGUAUGCUUAAAAUAGUUGUAUAAUUCAUUAAUGAAUUAAAUAUCUUGUUUCUACUGGUUAGAAUCUGUCAACCUUUUUGGAUAACACAGUUAAUUUACCAGUAGAUACUGAUAUGUUCAUUAUCAAGUCGAUAUUUCAUAAUUAAAUUAUUUUCAUUUCCUGAAAGUCUUAUUAAAAGCAAGACUAAUUCAUUGUUUUUCAUGGUUCAAAAAGAUCAAUACAAAAAUUUUUUGCAGGU